AUGGCGGAAUGUGAAAAAGAGUACGAGGUUUUAAAGGAACUGAUCAUCAGAGAGCAAUUUCUAUCCUCAUGUGACCGUAACCUGAGUUUAUUCCUAAAAGAGCGAUCUCUAAGAACUUUACAAGAGCUACAGGAGAACGCGGAUCGUUUCCUCGAGGCCCACGGAAACCAAGGGACUCGAGCAAUGACACACCAGUCGCAGGUAUUCCGCCCACCUCAGCCCUCAACGCCCAGCAUCCCAGCAACGGAAAAAGGCGCAGUGCGGGGCCAGGUAACUUGCUUCAUAUGUAAUAAACGGGGACACAGGGCAUGGGAAUGUUAUUUCAGGCCACCGAAUGUUCGAGGAAAAACGAGCAGACCACAGCCGCGGAAGGAAGAUGCAGCCGCGCAAGUAAGCAGUGUUGUAGUUGCACCAGAAACUAGUGUGAAAUGGAAUCGAGGAGAAGCAAAGGAGAGUGAAAGGAAAGCUGUAGAUGGAGAGGAAUUGUGUGGAGGAACUCUAGCCAAAGGUAAGGAGAAGUUGAAGACUGCUAGAGGAGAAGUAGAAGGAAGAAAAGCCGUAGUACUGAGGGACACAGGAUGUUCAACAGUGUUGGUAAGGAGAAGUCUGGUUCCGUCGUCUAAAUUGACUGGUAAGGAAGUGGGCAUAAUGAUGGCAAAUUCUAAAAUUUAUUACUACCCUGAAGCAGUAAUUGAUGUCAAAACCCCCUAUUAUACUGGGAGGGUGAAUGCCGUAUGUAUACCACAGCCCCUGUAUGACUUGAUAAUCGGGGAAAUACCAGGAGCAAGUACAGGUGAGGACGACGCACGAACGGAAAAGUGUGGAGUGAUGACGAGAAUGCAGACCAGAUUCGAGAGUGAAUGUAAAAGGAAGACACCAGUGUUGAAGAUAGCAGAGGUUACGAAAAUGUUGAACACGAAUAUACAGAAAACUCAAGAAGAGGAUAAAAGUUUGGAUGGAAUUCGGAUAUACGUACAAAAAGGUAAAGUUUUUAAAAGGAUGAAAAAUAAUGAAAUAUCUAAAUUCGUUUUGAAAAGAGGACUGCUGUACAGACAUGUGAAGACGGGAAAGCGACAACGGGAUCAACUCAUUGUUCCUCAAGCGUGUCGCCAAGCUAUCCUGGAGCUGGCCCAUUCAGGCAUUAUGGGAGGCCACUUGGGCACAAGCAAAACUAAAGAUAGAAUACUUGCACAUUUCUUUUGGCCAGGUGUUACCGUCGCUGUAACUCGCUACUGCAGAUCAUGCGACGUGUGUCAACGGACGGUGGAUAAGGGGAAGGUGAGCAAGGUCAGACUGGGUGACAUGCCGCUCAUUGGUGAACCAUUUUCUCGCAUGGCCGUAGACCUGGUGGGGCCGCUUGAGCCACGAUCUUCAAAUGGCUCUCGGUACAUCCUGACGGCAGUGGAUUAUGCUACGCGGUACCCCGAGGCUGUCGCUCUUCCAAGCAUUGACACACCUACAGUAGCAGAGGCCUUGGUUACAAUCUUCAGCAGGGUAGGUGUGCCUAGAGAGAUUUUAUCUGACAAGGGGACACAGUUUACCUCUGACAUAAUGAAAGAAGUAUAUCGCUUACUUUCCAUUCAGUCUUUGACCACUACACCAUACCAUGCUAUGUGCAAUGGUCUUGUUGAAAAAUUUAACGGGACACUAAAGAAAAUGCUUAAAAGGAUGUGUGUUGAGCAGCCCAAGGAAUGGCACCGCUACUUGGCGCCCCUUCUAUUUGCUUACCGCCAAGUACCCCAGGCCAGCACGGGAUUCUCGCCCUUCGAGCUGAUUUACGGACACACCGUAAGAGGACCGCUAACAUUGCUGCGUGAGUUAUGGGACGGCAGUCCGGUUGAUGAUGAGGUAAAGUCUGCAUAUGAGUAUGUAAUUAACCUACGAGAAAGGUUGGAAAAUACAUGUAGAAUGGCUUUAACAGAAUUAAAACAGGCGCAGGAGGUAGCCCAGCACUACUACGACCAGAAAACCAAAGACCGAAAUAUUGUGGUUGGCGAUGACGUCUUGCUACUGUUGCCUACCAGUACCAACAAGCUGUUGUUCCAGUGGAAGGGACCGUUCAGAGUCUUAGGCAGCCCAAGCAAAUGGAACAAGGUGGUGGAUCAGGAGACGUGGAAAGACGUACAUUGCAAUAUUCAUUUACCAGACGAUCAGCAAGAAGAUCUAAAGGAAAUUUUACGCAACUUAGAGGAUGUGGUGAGAGAAGAGCUCUCUCAUAUGAUGCAACUUGGCAUUAUUGAAGCAUCGGACUCCUCGUUCUCGACUCCUAUUUUAGUUGUGCCUAAAAAGGAUGGAAAACAUCGGCUUUGUUUAGAUUUCAGGAGACUAAACAAAAUUGUUAAAUUUGAUGCAGAACCCAUGUGCGAUCCAGAAUCCAUAUUUUGCAGGCUAAGUCACAGCAGAUAUUUUUUCGAAGAUCGACCUGACAAAAGGUUACUGGCAAAUACCUCUGGAAAAGGAUUCCCGGAAGUUUACCGCUUUUUCUACUCCUGCAGGUUUGUUUCAAUUUACAGUCUUGCCAUUCGGCCUGGUUAA